AUGUGAAGAGAAUUAAAAAUGUUACCAACUUAUAGAGAGAGAGAGAGAGAGAGAGAGAGAGAACUUUGGCGGAACAAAGAGAAGAGCACUGCGACAGUGGAGAGCAUCUGCACUUUGUCCCUCCCUUCCUCACCCACCGCUCUAAUUUCAAGCGGUCAGGAAUAUGAGGUAUUUGCUCUGUAAUUCUGGAUGUGCUGUGGCUACCUGUGACGGUUAUUAUUGGGAUUGGGAGUUGUUGAGUGCGAAAUCGAGAGAGGAUCAGUGUAGGAGGCCGUUUAAGGUUAGGAGAUUUGAAUUCUCUGAUCUUCAAUCCGCUACCGAUGGAUUCUCCGCCGCGAAUUUGCUCGGCAGAGGCAGUUAUGGAUAUGUGUACAGAGCGAAGUUCCAUCGGAUUCAAACCGUCGCCGCGGUUAAAAUGACGAAGGAAGCGCAUCCGAGCAGCGAUAAUGAGAUGGAGAUUCUCUCGGAGGUUUAUCAUCCUCGCCUCGUGAAUUUGAUCGGUUACGCAGAUGAUUCCGAUCACCGGAAACUGCUCGUCGUCGAGUACAUGCCGAACGGAACUCUGCACGACUUGCUCCACCGCUCGGUUAAGCCGCCAGGCUGGACGAAGAGGACGCGGUUCGCGAUGCAGGUGGCGAAGGCGGUGCAGUUUCUGCACUCAUCAAAUCCGCCGAUCAUCCACCGCGACAUCAAAUCGUCGAACGUUUUAAUCGAUUCGAGAUUCAAUUCGCGACUCAGCGAUUUCGGACUGUCUCUCAGAGGCGACGCCGAGGAAAUUAAAGCGAAAUCCACGCCGCCGGCGGGGACGAUCGGAUACCUCGACCCUGGCUACGUUGCGCCGGGGGAUCUCAGCACCAAAUCCGACGUUUUCAGCUUCGGAAUAUUACUUCUGGAGAUUGUAAGCGGUCGCCAUGCUCUGGACAUGAACUACAGUCCGCCGUCACUGGUCGAAUGGGCGGUGCCGGAGAUAAAAUCCGGCAACUUCUUCGCCAUCUGCGAUCCUCGAAUUACUCCUCCAGAAGACACCGACGCUCUCCAGAGAAUGCUAAUUUUGGCUAAACGCUGCGUCAGGUCGACGGCGGCGAAGCGGCCGGCGAUGGCGGAGGCGGUGGAGUGUCUGAAGGAAGUGUACAGAAGAACAAGGAGGAGGCAUCCUCACAGUUGCAUUACUCUCGGACGGCACGUGGUGGACGAUGGUCCUCACGUGAUCAAAUACCAGCCGUUGGAUGACAGUAACGGAACGGUACGGAUUACGAAAUCGGCAAGCCGUAAGAUUGGGAAAUUAUCCGCUACGACGAGUGCAGAUCCUGAUACUUACGUGGCGGUUGCAUUUCAACCGAAAUUAAAUUCGAUAAGGUCGGCCAAGGAGAUUAGAUCUAAGCCGUUGAUUUGGAGUGAGGGAUUGGGUGCAGGGACAUCGACGGUGCAGCUUAUCAAGUCAAAGUCAAUGGGUGAGAUGCAACGCAAGCCGUUGGAUGAUAAAGGGAUCAGCGGCAGAAGAUUGGAGACGUCUACUUUGUUGGUGGGUACGGCCGAAAAUGUCAAUGAAGAAGAUAUAACUUAGGUAAUCAGUCAUAUUUAUUAUUAUUAUUAUUAUUUAUUAUUAUUAUUUUCUACUAUUUAUUGAACUUUCACAUUUUUUUCAACAUUUUUGGUAUUUUUCUAUUCUAAAUUACAAUUUUGAAUAAUUUUUUCCAACAGCUGGUGUUUUAUAUCAUUCAAAAUACAUACUUUGAUUUUAUUGUUGUUGCCUUUGUUAUUGAUAUGGUUUUGUUUUGUUG